UUAAGAGUAUCUGUCGACAUGUCUGGAAGAGGUAAAGGCGGGAAAGGACUCGGGAAAGGAGGCGCUAAGCGUCACCGAAAGGUUCUUCGCGAUAAUAUCCAGGGAAUCACUAAACCCGCUAUUCGUCGUCUUGCUCGUCGUGGGGGUGUCAAGCGUAUUUCUGGCCUGAUCUAUGAAGAGACCCGCGGUGUGUUGAAGGUGUUUCUGGAGAACGUCAUCCGUGAUGCUGUGACUUACACUGAACACGCCAAGAGAAAGACCGUCACCGCCAUGGAUGUUGUGUACGCGCUGAAGCGACAGGGACGCACUCUGUACGGGUUCGGCGGUUAAAAGAUCCACGAAGAAGAAAAACCCAACGGCUCUUUUAAGAGCCACCCACAUUUACACACAAAGAACGAAUUUCUAGUUGUUGAAAUGUAUAGCAACGUAAAUUAAGGAUUUAUUUUAAAAGAGAAAAAAAUGAUAAGUGAGAAAAGAAUAGAUAAAUACCGGACAAAAUAAAACGUUUGAUAUUUUCACAUAGUCAACUUGUUUAAACAGAUGAUUAAGAAAACAAUUUUAUCUAGUUUUUAAUGUAUUAUAAAUUAAAAAAUAAAAUAAGAGCUGUUGACCUCAGGCAGCAUAGUACCACAGUGGAACACAAACUAACAAACCAUCAAAUCAAGUUACCAUAUCCAUCUUCAUCCUCAUCUUCACUCUCCUUGCUGGAUUCACUAUAACCUCAUCAUGAUACAACCUCCUCACCCUCAUCAACAGCCAGCUGUGUUUUAUACC